UUUUUUUUUUUUUUUUUUUUUUUUUUUUUUUUUUUGCUUUUCUUCGGCCUUGACCCACUGUUUAUAAAAGUGUACGGAGUAGUUAUAUUUUGAUCACGAUGCGACGGUGUUGCUUGGCCCUUGGGAUCCUGUUUCCAUCUAUUUUGUCCGGCCAACUGAUUGGUUAUGCAUGUCUGAAACUUGGAUGCUAUAUCUUUUCCCUUUGCCUAUUACCUUUGCCUAUUAUCUUUCCUCUUCUCGGCGUCCAGCUCAUUGAGUUGGCUACGCAUGGCUGCAAAUCGCAAAGAUUCUGAUGUUGUUUCUUCUUUCUGAUCUUUCUGUUUGAAUUGUCUUUAUUCUUUCCUCUUUUCUUUAUCAUUCUCGUACAGCUCUUUUUCGUGCUGAUAUCCCAAAGUUGCCUGUUUACCUUUUUUUGUUACCCUAUUGCAUUCCCAUAUACAUUGAUUGAGUCCCCCGUGGUCUCGCUUUUUUCUUAAUUGGCACGUUGGUGUAGUGCCUGCGGAUAAAAUGGUGGUGUAAUUUACAUAGAUACUACUACUGUUGUGAAUGUUGACGUAUAAUUUGCUGCUGC